AUGACCGACCGCCUGAAGUCUAUCGUGUCGCACAUGACACCCGCGACAAGCGGACUCUCGGCAAUCACCACCAAGAAUGCCGACGACAUCGUCAUCACCCUCGCUAUCCGAACUCCCCUCACCAAGGCCUACAAGGGCGGCUUCAAGGACACGACUCUUGAUGGCUUGAUGGUCAAGACGCUCAAGCAAGUAGUCGCAAAGUCAAACCUCGACCCCGCGCUUGUAGAAGACAUCUGCGUCGGCAAUGUCUCGGAUGCAAAGGCCGCCUACUACGUCCGCGCCGCCAUGCUCGCGGCUGGCUUCCCCAACACAACCGCCGGCUCAUCGCUGAACCGAUUCUGCUCAUCCGGACUCAAGGCCGUGCAGGACAUCGCCAACCAGAUUGCCGUCGGCAGCAUCGAAAUUGGAUUGGCCAUGGGCGCAGAGAGCAUGACAGCCGGCGGCGACAGGCUCGAGAGGCCGUUCGUAGCUGAGGUGCUCGAGAACCAGGAGGCAUGCGACUGCAUGCAGCCCAUGGGCCAAACCUCAGAAAACGUCGGCAACGACUUCAACAUCUCGCGCGAGCGCCAGGACAAGUUCGCCGCUGAGUCAUACCGAAGGGCCGAGGCUGCGCAAAAGGCUGGCUGGUUCGACGACGAGAUCACGCCCAUCCCCACCGUCAUCAAGGACCCCAAGACCGGCGAGGAGAAGGCCGUCACACUGACCAAGGACGAGGGUAUCCGCUACGGCACCACAUUCGAGAGCCUGCAAAAAGUCAAGCCUGCCUUCCUUCCCCACGGCGACAAGUCACAUGCUGGAAACUCCUCGCAACUCACCGACGGUGCCGCCGCAAUCCUACUCAUGAAGCGUUCCACCGCCGAGAAGCUCGGGCAACCCAUCCUCGCAAAGUACGUCGGCGCAACCGUCGCUGGACUUGCCCCUCGCAUCAUGGGUAUCGGCCCAUCCGUCGCCAUCCCCAAGCUCCUCCACAAGUUCAACCUCACUAUCGACGAGGUCGACCUGAUUGAGAUCAACGAGGCCUUCGCAUCCAUGGCUGUAUACUGCAUGGAGACACUUAAGAUCGACCACCAGAAGCUCAACGUUAGGGGUGGUGCUAUUGCGUUGGGUCACCCGUUGGCUUGCACUGGUGCGAGGCAGAUUGUCACAGGUUUGAGCGAGUGCAGGAGGCAAAAGAAGAAGGUUCUUCUUACUAGUAUGUGCAUUGGUACUGGUAUGGGUAUGGCUGGUUUGUUCGUCAAUGAGCAGUUGUAG